UAUUGGUUUUGUGCUUUCGUGUUCAGGCUGUUGAACAUUGCAAAAAAAUCAGAAUCAGAACUACUACAAAAGAGGAAAAGAGAUGGCAGAUACAUUGAAGUUUGGUCCAGAAUGGCUCAGAGCUUUGUCUGAUGGAAACAGUUUGGGCACUCCUCCGCCUUCGCCAGGCUUUGGUAAAUACAAGUUGGCAGAUUAUCGUUAUGGUCGAGAGGAGAUGCUAGCACUAUAUAAUCCAAACAGUAAGGUACCAGAAGAGUUGGAAGGACAGACUUAUGUUAUGGUUGAAAAAUCACAAGAGCCCCUUGCGUUAAUACCACUGUCUGAGGAAGAGCAGAGACUUUUAUCACAGAGUGUAAACAGUAUGGCAGUUUUACGAAUGUUUGGACGUGGAGGGCCUCCUGGUGUACGGGGUGGUCGAGGAAUGGGUCCGGAACGGGGCAGAGGCAGAGGCUUGGGUCGUGGAAGAGGUGAAGGGGGGUUCUUACAAAGAGGGACAUCAUAUGAAGAAACAGGUGGUGGAGGUUAUGGUCGUCCCUCUAGAACAGAUGGAUGGGAAGAAGUAGGGAGUAAACGUAAUUACCAGAACAGGUAUGAUGAGUCGGGUUUGCCACGUCGCGAGUUCACACGAUCCGUCAGUAAUACAGAUAAUUGGAGAGGUAGAGAUGAAGAAGAAGAAGGGGAUGGAGAUUGGCGCAAAACUGGCUCAUCUAAAUGGGGUGCUCGAGGAAAUUGGAGAGAUCCGAGCAACAGGGAGAGAGGAGGUUUUGAUUCUCGUCCUAAUGGAGUACAGCGUGGGGGCAGGACAUACCAGAGGAGCAGAAAUAGUGAAUCCUGGGAUGAUGAAGGUGAAAACUUACCGGAAUGGAGUAUGCCUGACUCAGAUGAUGUAGAGGAGCCUGGCACAUUUGAUUCCAGUGGAGCAUUUGUGUUUAAUAAGUUGCAGUUAAAAGGUAUGGCAAGAGGAGGUGGAAAGGGCGAUCCUGAUGAUAAUCAGGACAGAAAGGCUGCUCCAGGAUUAAAACUACGUGAUUCACCCACAAAUUCACAACACAAACAUGAUUCUAAGGAAGACAAAAAUGACACUGAAAGUGGAUAUAAUAAUGGGAAAGAUGAUGAAGAGACAGAUACAUCUGUGAAGGAAGACAAAGACAGAUCACCUCAAAUUGAUAAAGACAAUAAAGAUAGAAAUGUGCAAGGCAAGUCUAGUCAACAGCUUUCAUCACAGGAGGUAGAGCGACCAAAUAGUAAAGUGUUGGACGAUAAGAGACCAUCAAAUCUCUCAACAGGGUCAACUUCAGAUACGAAACAAACUUCAGUACAAAGUAAAACUGCUGAAAUAGUAUCCAGUGAAACUCAAAGUAGUGCUCAAAAACAAAAAAGUGCUCCAUCUGCUGCAGAAUCUAAAACCAAAUCUACAAAAAAAUCCUCAUCCAAGAAAGAAUCCCAGAUGGAGCAAGAAGCUCUAGAUAGACUGAAGGAGAAAGCAGAGAAUAUGGUCCUGGAGGCAAUUGAUGUCGAGGCGGAGGAGGAAGAAGAGGAAAGUUCACAAGAAGAUGAAAAUACAAAAAAGUGGUUCUAUUUAGAUCCCCAAGGAGAUGUCCAAGGUCCCUUUGCCUCAAGUGAGAUGGCAGAAUGGUUUAGUGCUGGCUAUUUCACCAUGAAUCUUAAAGUGAAGCGGGGAUGUGAUGACCGGUAUUCACCGCUAGGAGAAUUAAUAAAGAGAUGGGGAAGAGUUCCAUUUUUGCCAGGUUCAGCACCUCCUCCAUUAUUGAAUUCCCCUCAGAGGCCAGCAAGUCCUGACCUGGCAUCACAACAACAACAGGACCACAUUAAACGUCUACAGCAUCAGUAUGCUUUACAACAACAUAUGAUGCAUCAACAGAUGGUACUCAGACACUUUCAGAUGCAACAGGUGAUGACACAAUUACAGGAAAAUGAAGACUUUAAAAACCUCCCACCUCUACAUCAGCAACAGCUGGCGACACAGAUCCUUCUCAAACAGUCUGCUAUGUUACCUGUGCCUGCGGUCCAGUCCGACCCUAAACUGUCUCCAAGGUCUCCCCCUACAGAGCGGGUGGGUGGUGAGUCCCCUAGACCAAUGUCCCACACAUUUCACCGCUCAAUGUCUCAGCCCGCCGACCUCACCAAGUCACCACCACAGACAGAUGAUGGGUCAAUUUGGGGAAGUGUUAACCCAGCUGUUCAAGAUCUUUUAUCGCAAGGAACAGGCAGUGUGUGGGACCUAGAUCCAAAAUCUGUGAUAUCUGCAGCAGACUUAGAAGCUCAACUUGAGAAGGCGAGAAAGGAAACGGAUGAACGCCAAAAAGAAGAGGAGGAAAAACUACGAUCAGAACUAUUUCACAGAAAACAAGAAGAACUCCGAUUACAAAAAGAAGAAAUACAAAGAGAGAAAGAGAGAAUGGAAUUAGAAAGACAGAAAUAUAUGGAAUUGAAGAAGUUAGAGGAAAUGAGACAGAAGGAAGAAGCUGAGAAACAAAUGCGUGAAGAGAAAGAAAUGCAAAGGAGAAAAGCAGAAGAAGAGAGACGGCAAAUGGAAGACAAAAUCAGACGACAGAAGGAAGAGGAACUAAGAAGAAGAAGGGAAGAAGAAAUGAGACUGCAAGAGCUACAAAGACAGCAAGCAGACUUACGACAGCAGGAAAUACAGCGACAGGAACUAAUACGCCAACAAGAGAUACAGCGACAGCAGGAGAUAAAACGACAGGAGGAAGAAGAGAUGGAAAAACAGAAACAGCUGGAAAUACAGAAACGACAGGAAGCACAAAGACAACAAGAAUUACAGCACAAACAGCAAGAGGCACUUCGCAAACUUCAGCAGGAACAGAUGGCAAAAAUGCAGGAUCAACUGGCAAAAAUUCAGUUACCGUCCCAUGCCCAGUGGGCAAACCAGCAGACAAAUGCUAUGGGGGCCAGCGGAGUGUCCAGUAAAACACAGUCCCUAUUGGAAAUUCAGGAACAGGAAGAGAGGGAACGCUAUGAACAAGAAUCUAUGCAAAUGCAACAACGUAAAGCAGAGGCACAACGUCAACAGAUGAUGAAUUUACAGCAGCAACAACAGAAAUCCUGGUCUAGUCAAGUAAUCCCCAUUCAGGGUAAUGGAAAAACUCUGUUGGAGAUCCAGGAAGAACAGUCCCAACAGGAGACAGAACGUAAAAGUGAACGACAACAAACUCAACAGAAUCAGACAAAGAACCUGACACUUGGUGCAGCAAGUGUCUGGGGCGGAGUUACCUCCCCCUCACACUGGGCCAGUGAGGGGGCAUGGGGAAAUGCUGUAAGAGCUCAGACAAGUUCACAACAGAACAGUGGUACCAGUAAUGGGGCAGGUUCUCUUGGCUUCUGGGACGAUGCUAUCAUCUCAUCUAAACGUGCACCUGCUGCCUCCUCCAGGAACAGUGGUGGGCAGACAAACAAUGCUGAGUUUCCUGCCCUGAAGGGAGGCCAACCCAAUGUGUCAGCACCAAUUGCUAAUACCACUAGCAAACCAAAGCCAUCCAAGUUGAAGAAAGAGGAGGAGGCAGUCCAGAAGUUAUUUCAGGGCAGCAUUUCCAAGGGGGACGACUUUACUCAGUGGUGUGAGAGAGAGCUCAGGAAUAUGGCCACAUCAGUAGACAUCCCAACAUUUAUUUCCUUCUUGAAAGAAGUGGAUUCUCCAUAUGAGGUGCAUGAUUACGUACGAUCUUAUCUUGGAGAGAACAAGGCAUCCAUUGACUUUGCUAAACAAUUUUUGGAGCGAAGGAGCCAAAACAGAAACAAAAGUCGCCAACAACAGCAUCAACCUGAGGACAGUAUUUGGGGGCCUGCUCCUGCCCGUGACUUCCGCCAGUCACAGCCUUCAAACCAAGUCAACGAGUUUGAGACCCAGAAAGCCAAAGGCAAGAAGAAGAAGAAGAUGACCAAGAUUGACAGUAGUAUUCUCGGUUUCACCGUCCAUGCUGACCCAGCCCGUAAAAACAUUGGUGAAAUUGACAACAUCAACAAGUGAUGGAAUAGACAGUUUUGUCAUGGUGACUUUUAUAUACUGUUUUUAUCAUGGGGUAUGGUUGUCUGAUAUACAAUCAAACGUUGUCACGAUUGCUGAGUUGUACAAACGUAAAGGUGAAGGACACAACUUAAAGAUGAGUUGAAGGGCAGUUUGACAAAGCUUCUGAGUCAAUCUGCUGCUGAUUGCUUCCUGUGUGAUACCCCAUAGGCUCUUCUUUGAGAAGAAGCAGUGCCCCAUCAACCACAGUGUACCACUGCCCCACAAAGUGUACACAUAUAAGCCUGGCUGAAUAUGGCACUCCUGAAGGUUUGGCAGGCCGGGAGUUAUCUCCCAUUCCCAAAUCUAACGAGAUUUAAAAGACUUUGUGCUUGUUACAGUGAUGGAUGAUUCCAAAUCUGCAUGUUAAAACAUAAAGGAGUUUAACAUGCAAAACAAAGAGAGAGAGAGAAAAAUUACAGAAUAAAUUCAAUAUUAAAUCAUCAUACAAGUUCAUGAAUAAGAAUUUCUAUAAGAAAAAAAAUAACCACUGAAACAGUAUUGAGAUCCAAACAUUUUUCUGAUUCUAAUGUUUUGGCAUUAUCGUUUCAAUAAAUAACAUUAGAUCUGCUUUUAGGUUUUUAAAAGGAGUUUUACAGAAAAGAAAAUUUUAAGGUUUUCAUUGCUAUAAAAAUAUUUGAUAUAUCUAAGAUAUAUCUCAAUAACCACAGUUGAUGAAAAGCAGAUGCAUAACUUUGUUGAUGCCAAUCAAGUUUUAAAUCUAUUUUUAUACUCUGUCACAAACAGUGGCGGAGCUUCCUGUGAUAUGGGUCUGGCUGUAAUUGAUGAAGGUCAAAAGUCAAGGCUACAUUAGUUAAGGGUUAGCACUGUAGGGAUAUUGAGCCAUUUUUGUACUCUACAGAUUCUGUGCAGGUGCUAUCAUUGUUAGGUUUUCUUUUGUUUUUCAAAGAUACAGAUGAUAUUGAUGUUAUAAUCUACCAAGUGUUAGGUGGAUACUGAAGUUUGAUAAGUUCAUUUAACCAAGGUAUAAAUAUAUUUGAAGUCAGUAUAAUGCAUGGCCUUUUUGAAAUACUGCUUUGAACUAAAUAUUGAUAAACAUAAAAAAAUCAGUGCCUGAAUCUAGGUUUUUACACUUGAAUCUACUGUGAUAAAUCUUAAAGGCGGUUUUAAUUUCUGUAUACACACAUAAGCUAGCUUUAUUUUCCUGAGUUUAAGCAUUGUUGAGAAGUUUGAUUUCGAUUAUUGAUGUCAAAUUGCUAUAUAAGAGCUCUUUUUUGUGUUGCUUAAUCAAAGACAUCUAGAUAUCAUUUAACACGUUUACUGUUAGAUGAUUUUACAUAAAAUUCAUAUGGAAUUGGUAAGAUGGAUAAACUUAAUACAGGCAAGAUACAAAGAGCAGUUCACACAAGUUCUGUUGUAUUACUUAAAAUUUUAAAACUCAAUGUGAGAUUCAUUUUAGGGGUGUAACAGUUAACAGCUGCGUUUUUUCUUUGGUUUGGUACAUGUUACAACAUGUGAACUGUGGUCAGAUAAUAGUACACUGGGGUCACAAGUGGCAUCAUCAUCUAGUGUAAAUUAUGAUUGGGCAAACAUUCUCAGAAAAUUGUUACAUUAUAUCAAAGUUCUGAUUCGUCCACUCCUUCAAAGGAAUGGUUACAUAAUUGACAGAGAGGUAAAGCACUUUUUUAUCUGGACUGCUAUGGAACCUGUUUCCCAAUAGGAAAAACAUGUUUUUAGAUGAAGGCGAUAGAUGAGGUGGCCAUUUCUGUGAUGCUGGCAUCAGUGUAAACUAUGAUAACCUUUACACAUAUAUUUACUAUGAUUUUAUAAACCCUCACCCUCACCAUUCAUAAGACAGUUUCUCUCUUACUAUGGAUGAAGUACGCAACAUGAGAGGAUUGGAAGUCUUGAUUGAAUUAUAAAACAACCUGCAAAAUUUCUUAUUAAAAGUUGUGAUUAUUUACGAUGUACGAUCGAUGAUGAAAAUAGUUUAAACUUGAGAAAUGUUAAAUUAAGAAGCUCCUGGGUACUUUUAAAUACAUGUACUGAUUUACCAGCCAAAAUGUCUACCAAACCAUAUGGAAAAUGUACCAUUUUAUCUGUUAUUUUGCCUACAUUUCUUUGUAUUAUGUUCUUUGAUGUUCCGAUCCAUUGAAUAUUUCCCCAACAAUAUUAUGACUGUAAUUACUUCGUGAUACAUCAAGGAAGGUUGGACCUGGAACUUCAAUUUGUCUUUGAUAAUUCAAAGACAACUGAAUGGAUGUACUUACCUGAUAUAUCACAACCACUUAGAAAAAAACAUAUAUGACAUUUCAAUGACUACCCUGUCAUCUUCAUCAGACAGAUGAUAAGUGUGAAGCAUCUUUGCCCUAUACAAUGGUCUGACGAAGGCGACAGUCUAGUUGUCAAAAUAUCAACACAUCAACGUUCCAGCUGGUUGUGAUAUAAAAACUUCAAUGUUUAGUACCUACCUGACGAAAGUAUUAUGAAAUUCAAAGACAACAUUAUGUAAAUGGACCAUAACUUACAAUAGAUUUGAUCAUGUGCUAAUUAAAACGUGUGCUAUUUUACCUUUUCUAAAUUCAAUAAUACUCUAAAGAGAAUUGUGAUAUUAAGCUUAUAACUCUUGCUAGGCCUUUGGCGUAACUUACUGGAAACAGAAAUCUGAAUGUUUUCUUGAUUAGGGCAAAGAAAUGCAUUACACAAGUUCAAUGUUUUAUGUAGCCUAUUCUUUUUUGGACUAAAAAACAUGUCUUCAGUUUUUAAUUUGCUGGUAACUAGUACAAACCACAGCCUAAAGAUGUGCCAUGUUAAAAUCCAUUUGAACGUAAUCAGUAUUAUAUAUGAAUGUAUGUUGGAAGGUGUUACGGAGGAGUCAUUGUGAUGGAGUAGCUGGCGUUUUCCUUCUGCUGUUAGAAUAAGAAAUCGUGUAUACAGUAUAUUUAGUAUUGCGAUAACAGCAGUCUUGUGAUGUCACAAAUGUUUUGUUGUAUUUAUAACAAAUUCUAAUUGAUCAGCUGACCUCACUUUCAUAAACACAAUCAGUAUCUUAAAAAUAUGUUAAACACAAGCAAUUUAUUGAGUUGAACUUAAAGUUCCCUCUUUCUUUGCAGUGUAAAAUUGUCAAUUCAUUCAGUUUUGUGAUAUUGACAAGUAUCUCUUGUUGUGGUAUAGUCCCAUUUAACAAGCUUGCAUAACAAUAUAUCAAUGAUCCAAGGCCUAAAUAUAGUAGAUUACAAACAUCGUUAAUUUCUCAUCAUUAUUUUAUUUUGAUAGAUUUUGUUUUUUAUUUUAAGAUUCAUAUUUUAAAACUCUACAUCAAAGUUCAGAGUCCUAUACUGAUAAAUUUUAUUCUGGGACUUACGAAAAUUUGUGGAAACAUUAAACUUUACUAUGGUGGUACCCAAAGAUUUUCACACUGGUAGUAAUGGACUGUUAAACACAAAAAGUUUGGGUAAUUCUGACAAUGUAUCUCAAUAAAAAUGUUACAAUUCAAUUGUUAAGUAUGGUGAUUACCACUUUGGGUGUUACAUAAAGAAAGUUAAGUAGGUGGAAAAAGAAAAGAUGUUUGUGUACAGCAAACAUAUAUCUUGUUUUUCUGUGAAAGAUGAAAAAAAAAAUGAGAGAAAACAAAUAAAAAAUUCAUAAAAU